UCAGGGACUGUCAAACUUCCUGUCAAAACAAUUAACUGUCUCAGCUGGAGUUUUCUUUCUUGACGAAUGUCUCCAGUCAUGUUUUUUUUUGUUUCAGUUCUGAAUGACAAUGUUAACAUAGAUUAGAGUCUGCUGUUUCAUUCUCCCUCACCAUCGCCACCCCCCCACCCCCCAACUCCUCAACACCUUCCCUCCUCCCCACCUCACUCCAAUCUGCCCUCUGGAUUGGAAAGCCCUGCUGCUCUUCUGGCAUUGUGCCCUUCAGCAGUGUUUCCAGGGUGUGAUCUGGUUCAACUCAGUUUACAGAAGAGACUUUUCAACAAAAAAAAGACAAAACAUUUCGUGACACGCCAAGCACUCAAGAGCAGGGAAGAGAACUGUCAAGAAUGGAGAAGAGCAAUGGAACUCAGGAUUCCACUAGUAGCAGCACUGAGCUACCAGUGACAAUUCCAGUUACAGAUGAUGCUCCUGAAUGCUUCAUCUGUAGGGAACUGGAGGUGUCAGAUCGUGAUUCCUUGUUGCAGUACUGCGACUGCAAGAGUUUAGUCGCUCAUCACAAGUGUUUGCUGACAUGGAUACAAAAGGGCCCCAGGAAUGAAGACAGGCUGAGUUGUAAAGUAUGCACAGCUGAGUACCACCUUCAGACUGGCUCAGCGUGGAAGCUUGUUGCCUUCCGUUGGCAGAAUUGGAUGAUUCUCGCAGUAAUCCUGGGUCUAAUGACCAUUGUGCCAUUUACCGUGCACAGGAUGAUGACAGCCUUCCAUGACCCACCACCCCAUUCUCUCUUUAAAGCAGCGUCUGUUUGCUUUGGACUACUGUCUGAAACCUUCCUGAUCAAGACACUCAUCUAUUGCUGCAACAGCAAAUACAAGAAGGCCAAAAUGUCUUCGUUCUCCAUUAGGGGAAGAAGUUUGGAGAAAUCUGACCGAGGGAGGAAUCUCUUGUGGCUACCCAGUCACAGUCCGGGAGCAGGGAGCAGGAUGGAAGGAAGCAAACAGGAGGCAGCUAGACCCAGCAAAGGUCUGGAGCUGUGCGUGUGAACUCAACAGGAGGAGCUGGGAGAGACCAAGACUCAAAGAUAUUACCUUCCCCACUCCCUUCUCUGCUUCCCGGGCUGGGGCAAAGGGAAACAGUUUGACUCUUGGUGACUCACGUUUAACUGCAGGGAUGAUCAGCCUUCUGUCCUGCUGAAACUCUGACUGGGUAGGAGCCACACUUCGACAGAGCGCUGCAGUUAUUGUUUUGCACAGAAUGUGAUGCCUGUGUUUACCAAGGGAAGGCCAGUAUUGAGAGAGAGAAAGGAAACAAAACACUGGAGGAAAAAAUAUUGAAAAGAAUCAAGUGGGUUGUCUUGGGCAAGAAACUUUGUUUGGAAAAAGAUCAGGAGCCUGCCCAAGCUUGCUUGCUUUCUGUAUUUGAAAACGCCUUUUGUGAACACUGGGAAGACAAGAAUGCAAUGUCGAGAGACUUUUAAACUGAAUUUCACUCGCCCUGCCUUUUAGCACACCUCCUUGCAGUUCAUUAUGCCAAAAUAUAUUAGUCCAUACUCUGGGAGUCACUGGUUCUGUGGGCUGCACCCAUGCAUUUCAGAAACUGAAACUUUUUGACAGCACUUUCUGUAAAAAAUAGACGCAAUAGUACUUUGUGUACACGUAGAAUUAAUAAAAUCUAUAAGGCACAUAUAAGGUAACAUGGGAGUGUUGUACAAACAUGUAAGUCAGUGUAGGCGACUGUCAGCUCUAGGCCAACACAACAGGAGAAAGAAACUCAACAUUGAACUCUGGUGAGCUGUCUGCUGUAUUUUUCUUUUUGCAGUGCCUAGGUCAAAAGUGAGACCUGAGGGCUUUACGAAGUUAAUAGCCCUGGGUGCCAAAUGGACACUUUAAUGUCAGUACAAGUGGGGGGAUUAUUUCAUUUCCUGCAGUGGGGCCUCCAGUCACUUGCAGGAGAAACCACUGGAGAAACCCCUCAAACAAAUACCUAGAGCUGUCAAGAAGUCAGAUUUAUUGUGUUGAAGACACCAGAAUAGUGUCUCGGUAAUGAAGCGAGCUGCAGUAGUCAGAUGUAUUUCACCCCCUCUUACAUUUCAGUAAUUGGUCCACUUCCGUUAACCUUUGCUGCUGCUUUAAAUCUAAUACUUGCACAUAGUAAGGAGUUUGCUGCAAAUACUUGCACGAUUCUUAAUUAGAACACGAGUAAACUCAUUCUUUUUCUCUCAAAGUGAAAGGAGCCUAUUAUAAGGAUUUUGAAAGUAUCUAUUAAUAGGGUUCUUGUUGGAGUCUGUCUGACCAAGUGAAAUUCGUGUGAUGUUUACUAAGGAUUUGCAGACUCUUAGAGAAGUACUUAUGAAACCUGCAGGACUCCAAGACUAAAGAAGCUCAUUGAGCUCUUACUUUCUAAUCAGGACAUCUAUCGUGCUGCGGAGGAGAAAGUGAGGACUGCAGAUGCUGGAGAUCAGAGCUGAAAAAUGCAUUGCUGGAAAAGCGCAGCAGGUCAGGCAGAAUCCAAGGAGCAGGAGA